AUGUUAGCGAACUCCGAAUUACCUUCAAAUCUUGAGCUAGUUGACAAGGUAGAAGUUCUUGCUUCUGAUGAGCCCCUAGACGGCACAUACGAUUCACUGACUCCUCUUUCUUCCAUCUUCUUUGAAGCUUCUUCUUUCCAUGCUUCAUCUUACAUAAUUACAUUCAUAAGCAGGCAUGAUACAGCUAUAUCCGAUACAACUGGUGUUGGCACCUUAGAGCCGAAUCAAUCAAUGAAGGAACUAACUGCUAAAGGGAAGGAUGGAGUGCUUUCUGUCAAGAAGAACCAGAUUGACUGUGAACUUUUGGGCAGCUGUUCAGCUCUUCUGACUAUGCUUUCUGCGGUGAACUCUUUCGACUCUUCAUGGUUUGCUUUGAAAAAGAAUAGGUUGUUCUCAGGUGUAAAGGAAGAGCUGCUAGUAACAAGUGAGGGAAGGAACCCUAGGGUAAGCGAGGAGGAGAUUGAACGCUUUCGAAGACUUCAAAGAAUGGAAGAAUCAGGAAAAAAAAGAUCUUUUCUAUUCGAUGCUUUUACUCGCCCUAAAGUAAAGGGGACAGGACCAUCACCUCAAGGACAAAUCCCAGACACAGAAGGAGAGGCCCCCCUAAAGGCCGGGUCUAUUACACGAGCAUGA